AUGACACCGGUAAAGGACUUAUCGGUAGUGGAUUCAAUAAUAGUGAAUUUGGUUUCGGUUCGAAAUCUUUAUCAGUUUGAAUAUGAACAGUUAGGCACUUUUCUGAGUCUAAUGAAUCAGUUUGAAGAGGCCAAAUUGAAGAGUCGAGAGUUAUUAAAAAAGAAUGAUAUUUUCAUUAGAGAAUUCAAUGGCGACGUAAAGUUCUAUCGUGAAAGAAUGAAGUGGUUACAGGCUAGAAUUAGCAAGUUAUCGAAGGAUAUAGAGAAUAGAAAGCAGGCCAAGCAGAAGUUGAUGCAAUUAUUUGACAGUUUGCAGAGCUUGGAUACUUUGAAUGACUCAAAUCCGAAUCAAGAAGAAAGUAAUUUGGAAGCUGGACUACCUAUUAUGAAUAUUAGAGAAGAAUUGGACGAAAAUGGAAAUGUGAUGAAGAGUUCUGUUAAGCCAUAUGAGAAGAGUAAGCUUGGGAUAUUCGAGAAGAAUGCAAAUACCACCAAAAAGGCUUCCUCAAUUUCCAGUAAUCUUCAUCCUUAUGGCGUCACAGAAGAAAGUGAUGAAGAUGGUAAUAUCGUUCGAAGUUCAGUUAGAAAGCUACCGGUAUCUGAAAAGAAGAAGAAUGAGACUACCGAUGAUCAGAUUUCGCUAUUGAUGAAAGACAUGGAUUUGAUACCAAAGGAGGAGCCAAGAAUUGUCGAGCUUGAAGAUGGUAUUGAUAGUACUAAGGAUAGCUCUCUAAAGGUUCAACAAAAGAUUGAUUCAUCUAUGUACGCACCCGAAAUUGAUCCAGAAGAUUUGCUCACUCUCGAAGUGAUAGCUAAUGAAGUUAACAACGAUGAUGACGACAAUGAUGAUGACGACAAUGAUGAUGACUGCGAUAUGAAUAAUGAGACAGGAAUUACGAGUUUGGUUCCACCAGAAUCACGUGAUUUACUAUACAAGAGGAUCCAGGAGCUGCGAAUUGCACACAGAGAUACAAGAGACGAUCAAACUGCUGUUAGGAAUGACGAUAGCGAAUUUUCUAAAACGUCAGAGAAGAAAAAGCCCUCUAAGUCAGUUUCUUUUGCUGAGGAUGUUGAUGUGAAGGAAGUUGAAGAUAUAUGGGAUGAUCUUAGAGAAUCUGAACAACAAGGAGGUCAUCCUAAGGUAUCAGAAUUCAAGCUUAUGAUGGAAGGAGCCGCAGCGUUAGAGAAAGAAGAAGUUGAGAAACCUAAAAAUCACGAGACAAUAGCGAAUGGAUUGAUUGUUGGUGAUGUGAUGGAGCACGAUACAGAAGCCCGGGGGAGUAAUAUAGGCUUUCAAGAAACGAAAAAGUCUUCUUUUGACGAACCUGUAGCUGAAGAAACGUCCGAAAAUCUUGUUAAUAUGGAUCGAUUGAAGCCAGAGAAGGGAAUGAUGAGGCUUGGAGGCAAAAAACCUAUUUUUAGGAGCCGAUUGAAUAAAGUGGUUGAAAUGGGUAAGCAAUAUCAGAAGAGGGGGGCAUCUAUAGAGAAGCAGAAGUCAUCGUCCCCAUUUAAAAAGGAUUUUAAAUCGUUAAGACCGGCUAAGAAGGUGAUCACUAAGUCAUUGAAUUCAGAAGUGAUUGAAUCGCCCAAAGAUGAUAAUUCCUUGGUGAAGAACUUACCUUUAGAAGUAGAGGAUUUUGAUAUAGUUCGAGAACAUAUUACAGAAGAAGAUGGAGAAGAUGAAAAUAGUCAGAUGAUUGAAGACUAUAAGAUAGUGGAGUCGAAAAUGAGUAGUGGAAAGGAGCUUCCUAACUUGGAGGAAUUUAAGGAUUCUGAGAAGGUCAUAAAAUUGACAAGCAAGCAGCUGUCUGAAUUGCAGAAACAUAUGAAGAAUGCAACUCUUGAUUAUAAGUCUGUGGGGAACGAUACAGAUACAAUGGCACGUGCAUAUGUGAUGGGUCUGUAUGAUGAUGAUAUUGAGGAAGAUGACGGUGUCAUAGAGGAGGUUGAUGAUUUCAAGAAACAUAAUAAAGAGGUUGAGAAGAAUGAACAGGACGAGAAGGAUGGAAAAGAUGAGAAGGAUGGAAGAGAUGAGAAGGAUGAGAAUGAAGGAGAUGUCGAAGAUGGUCCUAUCAUGGAGGAUAAUAUCAUUGAACAUGAUACUGGUGCACUACAAAAUAUAUCAGAUGAUGACAUUGAUAUUGAAUUGAAUAGUGAGAGUCUUAACAGUGAAAUAGCAUUGGAUUAUACGAGGGCUCAUGAACGCAUGCUAGAGAAAUAUAACGGAGGUUUUAAGAAGACAGACUUGGAGAAGGAGUUUGAACCUUUGGAUGAUGCACCAAAAGUGAGCAGAUUUAAGGCGGCCAGAUUGGGUCGAAAGGCUUAG